AAACUAAUCAUGUUAUUAUUGUUAUUUUAUUGAUUUAAUAAGAUUAUGGAGGAUCGUAGUUGGAUGUAUAGGCGUCAAACUCCACGAGAAGAAAUAUAUGAUGAGUUCUAUAAUGGAGUUGAACAUUUCGUUCAAUUUGCAUAUAAUAGCCUUGGUCUUGAACUGAAUGAUUUAAUCAAAUGUCAUUGUCCUAAAUGCUUUAAUUUAUCGUUGAUGACUUGGGGAAUGGUAUGGGACCAUCUUACUAAGAAUGAUCCACGGUUUGCUGUUAAUUUGGGAGAAUCAUCACACAUCCAAGAUACACACCAUGAUGAAAGGAUUGACUUUCAUGAAACGGUGUAUGAUGCAUUGUUUCCAGAGGAUGAUGAUAAUCGAGAAAUGGAAGAUAAUUUCCCCAAUCAACGUCUAGAUGAGGAACCAAACAAUCAAACAAAGGCAUUUUAUGACUUGCUUCAUGCAUCUACAAUUCCACUUGGUAGUUCUAAGAGGUAUGAGACGGUGCUCAACUGAUUCUCUUAUAUGUUGCAUACAAAGACUGCAAAUAAUAUAACUGAUAAUGGUUU